AUGAAGAAAAGAGAUGCGUGCAAGCCAGGCUUUGAAGCUGUGGGCGGAUUCUGCUACUUUUUCUCUACCAACGCAGUCAACUUUGCUACGGCUAAAAGCUCGUGCCCAUUGGGCAGCGUGCUCGCCUAUCCAUCCUCUGCUGCCCAGAUGGCUGAUCUCGUGGCUUACCUCAACAGCAACAAGUCUGGAAUACACGACUGGUGGGUCGAUUUGACUCUGAAUGCGGGCCAGUGGUUAUGGAAGGACGGAAAAGUAACCACUGGAGGAGAAUUGGGAAACAAUAUCCAACAAACCUGCGCCAGACUCGAUGCUAACUACGAGCCAAAUGACCAAUCGUGCUCGAACUCUUUCCGUUUCGUUUGCCAGUACAAGGUGUGAGCUUGAGUUCUUCAGUGUACUCAUUGUACUGAUGAAACCAAUUGUUCGUCAUUCCGCUCGCAUAUAUAUUACGACAGGUAAAAUUAUCCCUCUCUAUGAAUUUCGAAUGCAACAGUCACUUAAAAAUAAUUGUGAACGUAAUAAAUUAACCCUGUUACCUGCAAUUUUUUUUUAAUUCAGGGAAUGUCGAGAACUAAUGUGCACUAUACAUGAAUGAUAUUCUAAUCAAAAAUCUAUUUUUUUUUGACGAUGGAAUAUUCGAAAUGACAGUAAAAACACAUUCCGCCUACAAACACGAUGCCUCGGUUAUUGAACGAGUUCAAAGCAAAAAUCAGAACCAUGUCAGAAAUUCAGUUUAAAUGUUCGAACUGUGCAAAUAAAAAAUGUAUUGACUACUGUCAAAAAUUCAGCUUAAAUAUUCAAAAAACCCAAAUCAACAUCAAUUCCUCUUUUUAUGUUCGAACUACCUAAAUUGCCAGAAAUGUGCGAAUAGACUAAAGACAAGUAAUAUAUUGUUCGAAGGUAACAAUUCGGUUUUAGUUUUUUAACUGAACUUAUUAUCAGUAGACAAUUGUCAAAAAUCGAGAAUCCUGUUCAAAGUGUUCAAACUUUACACAUUACCAGUUGGGUAUUAUUUGAAGUCAGUUAUCCUGCACCUUUGUUCAACUGAAUAAAUUACACUGAGUGCAUUCUUAAAA